AUGAAGUUCAUUACCUGUUCCGUCCUUCAACUUUGCUUCCUUUUUCAACUUUUAUUCGCGAGAGCUCAAGGAAAUCAGAUUAUUGGUGAUGUGCUAUACGUUCAUUCUGGUCUUGACUCAAAGAUUAUUCUCAGGGAAGUACGUGAGGGAAAUGUGCCAUUGGACUUGAGGCUUGACGAUGUAGUCAAAGGGGACCAUUUCAAUUUCAUUGUCAAUUUGGAUGCGGUUGAAUACAUCCACAACCAUAAUGUGGGUGCAAAAGAUGCAAGCCAAGGGGAUGAUUCUUUGAUCCAAUUGGCACAACAGUAUAUACCACCUGAGAGCUUGGCUUCAACUUCUAUUGGAGAGAGAAUUUUUACCGGGGUUGCGAAUCUCAUUGGCCCUUACAUUAACAAGACCUUUCGAUUUGUACUCAGCAACAUCAUUUUCAAAUACAUCAAGUACUUUUACUUUUGGGCAUACCACAUUUCAAAAUAUACAAUAAAAGUUACCGGAUUGUACCUCGACACGGUUGAUACCCCUGUCAAGUGUUUUUAUGGAUUAGAUUGGAUUGAAACUCAAGCUCAUGGAAUCUAUUUGGUAGGGUGGGAAACCUUCACUUUGCACGAUAAUUGUCAAGAGACCAUCAAUUCCAAAUCAAUUGAAACUAUACUCUUACAAGCACACUCAUUCACAACUGAUGACAGCCACUGUGAAUUUUACAGAAAUGAGCCAAACGAAGAAUCUGGUGAAUGGUAUGCUGAUAUUCGUACCUUAACAAGUGUUUCAAAUGAGAACAUCUGGGAAUUGAAGUGUCCUCACUCUCCAGCUGGUAACAAGAAAGAAUCGGUUUUGACUACGUUUUUGACCUUUCUCAAAACAGUCACAUAA